UCUAGGCAACCGCUAAAAGCGGUUGAACUGCAGACGCUGAGAAAACGGGUCUUCGAGCCAAAGUGCGGUAUGAUGUGGAACGAUACGCCCAUAUCGCCUUUCGUCCUAAACGAAAAGGAAAAAGAAAAGCAGAGGGUUAAAAGAGAGCAAGCAGCUAUAAAAAUUCAGAAGAGAUGGUGGAUGCAUAUGACAAAAAGACUAUUUAAACUUCUGAAACACACAAUUCGUGCAGCGGAGUAUUGCAUUAGCUAUGAUAUUCUAAAAAGAGUGAGUCCUUUAGAAGCUGAACUUCUUAAAGAACCUACUAUUCAAUAUAAAGUCCGAUUCAGACUUGCUGGAUCUGAUUUCCCCCCUUUUAUUAUAUUUAAAAUCUUUUGUAAAACAAGAACAAAAAACAACCAAUAUAUCAGUGGGAAAAGAGUAAUAACAUCGGAAAGUAAGGCAGCUGUUGACGCUUGCAAAUUAAUGGGCUAUCGGAUGUAUUAUAGUCAGAUUCUUCAAGAUGAACUUCAGCAUAAAAGGCAUGGAAUAACAGAUGACAUAGAUAUUGCUACAGUAAGAGAUUACAUGCAAUAUGCCAGUCAUAUGGAUGAAACUCCAGCAUAUUAUGGUGGAAGACAUAAUUGUUGGAGAAGGCUGACGUUGGAAAAUUGGCCUAGAGCAAUGAUAGUGUAUGACAUCAUGGAUUAUGCACAGUCUGGGAAGCUGUCUGCUAGACUUAGAGCUGAACUUCCAUUUCUAUUGCUGAAACCACAGAACGAAGAGACAUGUCGUGCUCAAAUCUUGGCUGUUUGUCAAAUUAGGUCUAUGCCACCUGGUUUCACCUCCCUAUCAAGACAAGAACCAAAGGCAGACCAGAGAAUGUCACAACGCCGCUCUUAUCAAGCUAGGCAGAAGAUUGCAAAAAUGAAGAAAAUUUAUAAAGCUAUGAAAGAAGAGGACUUAAGCAGUCCUUCUUUGAGUGAUCAUUCAGCUGGGGAUCCAGGACCAGAAAAUGAAUUUUCUAAUGAAGAUUGGGAGCAAGAAGCAGUAAGGCUUUAUGAUUGGGCCAGAGCACUCCGAACUGAAGAUAUUUGGGAAGAUUAAUCAGAGUUAAAUGUAUUUUUUGUUCAUGUCUCCGCCAUUUCUAUCAUAUAGUUGCAACAACAGUUGAAAUUGUUUUCCCCCAUGUAGUUUUGUUUGCUCUUUUUGCAGACAUAGCCAUAGAAGAUGAAUAUACACAAUUCUCUGGCUUCAGGAAAUUCCUAACAAAAUGAGUUACUGUUGAUAGAAAGAUGUGAUGUUAUGUGAGAAGAAUAAAGUAAUGUUGCCAAUGUGCAUCUGUUGCUAGUAAUACUUGAGGCAUCUAGAUGGAAAAUAAUAGGAAGAGGUUGAUAAAUACUAAAGGUAACUAAAGAGAUGCUUCCCAAUAUGCAUUAAUAUAAAGGAAACACGUGAAGAUUUACACAGCUGCUUCAAAAGUUCUUUUCAAUUGUUUCUGUAUACCUGCACAAUCACUCUUCCAUUCAGUCUACCAGGAAAACAUUGAGUUUUCAUGCUUAUCUAUUUUUUUAAAUCAAAUUUGUAUGACUGCCCAUCACACCAAAGGCAAGACUGACAAUACACUCCAGAUAAACUUAUCAUCUGAGGUAACUGUGAGCAGCUUUCAAAACAGCCACAUCAAGCUUGCAAAGACUGUCACUAGUUUUAUGCUUUGAAGAAAGGUUAAUUUCUUCAAUCAAUAAGGGUGCUAUAAAAAUUUAGUAAAAUUGGCUGUUACACAUUUAUGAACCGUUCUUUUAAAUGCUUUACAUAGCCACAAUAGUUUUAGCAUAUUAAUGGACAACAGACAAAGCUAAGUACUUUAAAAUAUUGCUUUCAAAGAAAAAAGUAUAGCUUCUUUACUUUUCCCAUCAAAGUUAUUAAGGCUCUAAAGUAUUUAAAUUUCAUAACAUUGUUAAAAUUUACAACUGGUCCCAAUUGUUCUAUUUGCAUUUUGGCUCAGCUGAGUACUUUCACAAGUAUGCUAAUACAUAUGACUUUAAGAAUGUGAAGCAGACUUAAUAAUUGAAAAGGAACAAAAAAUGGAAAAAACUAGCGAAAAUUAAAAAUAUUUUAUUUACAUUCUUAUUUAUAUACAAUUUUUACACCUUGCUUAAAAACAGAACAGCAUAUAUGCAUGUCUGAACAUAAUGCAUUCACAGGAUGAGUUGGAAUAACAUUUACAAAGAAGUAGAAAGAAAUGUUUUUAAGAAUAUUAAAAAAUUGCAGUUUCACAACUGCUUCAGGUAAAUUAUUAGAACUGCACAGUGCAUAUUUGAAUAAAGUAUUCCAAUUUAUUUUAGCACAAUUCAAAGGUAACUCAAAUUGACAUGCAAACAUUUUAUUAGAUAUGUUGAAAAGCAGCAUUGGAUUAUGCAUAACCAUCCUGCAACAGCAACUUCUCCAACUAUUGUUACUAACAUAUUCUCAGAAUUUGGCAUAGUAUUUGAAGUUCUAUUUAUAAAACUUACAUAUGAAAUUUAAUCCUAAUUAAGACUUAUUAAUUUAAUACAGAAUGACUGGUCCUGAUUUUUAUUCAAAUGUAUGUCGCUGUCCCCUUUCCCCCCAAAGUUGAAUAAAUCCUGUAAUAAUAUGGUA